AUGGGGGAAAUGAGGGAGAUGAAGGAAAUGGGGAAUGAAGGAAAUGAGGAAAUGAGGGAUGAGGGAAAUGGCAGGAGCCUGGAGCCCUGCGUCGCCUCCUGCGGAGAUUCCAGAGCCGUGGUGUUCCCUCCUCCCGUGGUCCUCACCUUCCCGGGCCCCACCCUCAGCACCUGCUCCCAGGAGAGCGUGGUGGGAGCUUCCCACCCCGCGGUGUUCGGGGCUCCCAUCCCAAGCGUCUCCGAUGAGUCCUUCGGGCCUGGGGGCACGGCCAGGGCAGGGGGCUCCUUCGGAUCCGGGGGCUCCUUCGGAUCCGGGGGCUCCUGGGGGACGGGGGGUCCCUUCGGAUGCGGGGGCUCCUUUGGCUCCGCAGCGCAGAAUUCCCGCGGGUCCUGGGGGUACGGAGGCGCGCUGGAGGCCAGGGGCUCCUUGGGAUCCGGGGGCGCCUUUGGCUACGGAGGCUCCCCGGGAAUGGGGGGCUCCUGCUACGGCCGGAGGUCCCGCGUCGUUCGCCGCCCGUCCUGCCUGGGGAGCUCAUCCUAA